AUGCAAAGUCACCUCAUCCUAACAGAGAGGAAAAUGAAAGAUGAAAGUCCUUUAACUGCUGCUUGUAGGAGUACAGGAAGCAAAGGAAGAAUGGAGUCGACAAAGGAAUCUCGUGAUCACGUUCUUUUGGAUAUUCCUGUCACUAGAGAGCAGAUGAAUCACUAUCGAGCUGCAGCUGAAACUGCUCAGAGUGAACUUGCAGCACUUUCAGUGAAGUAUGAUUGUGCCCAAUCAGAGCUUCUUGAACUCAGGUCCAGAAUGGUCUCUAAAGAAGCCUCUUUUCAAGAGCUGAAGGCUGAAGCUGAAAGCUACAAGGAAAACAAUGCUAGACAGAUGUCUCGCCUCCUGUCUUUGCAAACACGAAUUCAGGAGAUGGAGGAAGAGGCAUGUGUGCUCGCCAGUUCUAAAAACCAGGCUGAGCUGACAGCUCAGGCAGCAUUCAAGGAAAACUGGGAGCUGAAGGAGGACCUUCAUGAGCAAAAUGCCAAACUUAAUAAAUAUUUGAAUGAAUGUGAAGAAAGCAUAACUCAAGCUUCUAAAAUCAACAGAAAGCAUGAAGAACUCCUUACACAGCUUUCUGGAUUCUUGAACACAGACAUCAGAGAAAAAGAGGAACCACAGGAACAUUUAAUGACAAAGGUAUCUGAAAUAUGUAAAGAAAAUCUGACACUAAAAGACCAGGUUGCUGCUCUUCAAGAAGCUAUCAAUGUCCAUGAGAUGGAGUCCAAAGCCAGUAGAGAAACUAUCAUGAGGCUAGUUUCAGAAGUGGCCAAGGAGCAGAAAAAGGCAGCAGGAUAUUAUCAAGACAUGGAAAAACUUAGUAAGGAUCUUGACAGUGCUAUAGUAGGGAGACAGAGUUUGGAGAUGGAGAUCAGAAACCUUCAAGAUAAACUGACUGCUAACCAGAAAGCUUUGGAUGCCUCAAAGAGGGAACUGCACAAUCUGAAGAAAUCUUCCAGUGAGCUGGAUGGAAGCUUGAAGAGCAGCAGAGAAGAGGCCAGGACUGCUCAGAGCUCUUUAGUGGCUUUUAAAGAGCAAAUUGCUACCCUACUCAGCAGCGGAUCUGCAAUAGUUAAACCUUCUGAGAAGGCCAUUUUGGAGAGGAUCCAAGAAAUAAAUUGCAAAGAGGAGAGUAAAGAAAUAAUGGUAUCUCAGCUUGAAACCCAAAUAGCUAAAUUGACUGAAGCUUUGCAAAAUCAGACCAGAUUGUAUCAAGAAGCUCUGGAGAGGAGCAGGAAAGCUGAAAAAUGUUCUGAGACUUUCCAGGAUCAGCUGAAACACUUGGAAGAGGAAUUACUGUCUGUGGAUCUGAUGCAAGAUGGUUUGAAGCUUGAGAAACAAAAAUAUCUGAAAUUUCUGGAGCAACUUAAUGAGAAGAUGAAGCUGGAUAGCCUAGCAGCAGAAGUUGGAUUUGAUAUGAAUGUGGAUGCGAUUCUAGCCCGGGUAGAGCAGUUAGUGAAACUGGAAGGUGAUGCAGUGAUUGAAAACAAGACUAUGGCAUAUAGCCUAAGAAGGAAGUUGAAGGCUCAGAAAGAAAAACUUGAAAGCAAAGAGCUGCACAUGAACCUUCUGCGGCAGAAAAUAACCCAGCUGGAAGAAGAGAAGCAAGUAAGAACUGACUUAGCUGUGGAGAGGGAUGAGGCCAAUCUUACUGUCAGAAAGUUACAUAAAAUGGUAGAGAGAUUACAGAAGCAGCUUGAUCUGGCAAGGGAAACGAAUACUGAUCUCAAAGCCAAGCUGUCUGAAACCAAUGAACUUAAGAUCAAAAAUUUGGAGCAGAACAGAACAAUAGAAGAACUCAAUAAGUCUCAAGGCAAGUUGGAAAGAAUGAAAGAAAAGGCUGAGAAACAGCUUACCUCUGUCAAAUCAGAACUUCUUUUAAAGGAGCGUAAAGCUACUGAAGAUAAAGAAAAAAGCAAAAGUAUGUUAGAAGCAGUUACGAGUGAGCUGAAGGUGCUUAAAACAACGCUUGCAGAAUUAGCAAAAAGGGAGAGACAGCUGGCAGAUUUCCGAGAGGUGGUCUCGCGGAUGCUGGGCCUCAACAUUGCCAGCCUGGCUCUUCCUGACUAUGAAAUUAUUACAUGUCUUGAAGGGUUGAUUCACUCUCAUCAGCACCACUACUUCCCCUGUGUCUGCCUCAAAGACCUGGCAAGGGCACCAGAGGAACACUCGCAAAGAAACUUACAGCUUCUUCACUGA